CUAACAAAUAACAAUCCUUAACCCUCUAUAUUUAAGCAUACAAAUCCCUUCAGAUUUUCAGUUCACACUUCUCUCACAGUCUCACUUCGUCUGCCUUUCUCCUCUGUAAACGCCGACAGCCCGCAGCAAGAGCAAUGCCCAGGUCGGAGGCAGAGCACGAAAGAGUAUUAAAGCUGAAUGAGGAGAGCAGUGAGAGCAACAAGGCCGAACAAGAGAGGAUGCAAGAAACGGUGCGCGAGAUGGGGUUUAAAAUGGAUAGAUUGGACGAGUUGCUGACAAGCCGGGGGAAGGAGCUCAAAAAAUGUGUGGACCAACUCAAACUAGGAGAUAAGCAGGUAGGAGAAAGAGAGCAACAACAAAAGCAGCAGCUUGAACAACACCAAAACUUCCAAAAUCGCCUGCUUCAACAAUAUCAAGACUACCAAGACUUUCAAAACAUGAUUCAAAAACUACAACAAAAGCGCCUGCGUCAACACCAACAAAACUUACAAAAGCACCGGCCUGCUUGAUAAACCCAAAGGUAGGUAGCUGUCUUGAAUGAAAGAAACAGGCAAGGUGGAAAAUGUGAAGCACUAUAUACUUGAUGAAGUAGCUUUGUCAUCCGAUCCUUACCUAGUAUAUCUUCCUCUUUUUAGUGUCAUCUACUAUUUUAGGCACCUUUACAGAUUAGACAUAUAUUCGCCUUUAUACAGGGUAUUAUCCUUUA